AUGACUGAAUAUUACGAACCUACAUUAAUAUUUAGACAAAAUGCAAUACGGAGAUUUAAUCCUCAAUUAUCACCAAUAUCAAGUGUUGAAAGUUUAUUAACUCAAAAUAAUGAUACUUUAAAUAAUGAUUCGAUAUAUUCACAAUCUUCAAUAAAUUCACCAUAUAUGAAUAAAAAACAAAACCUUAGUAGCUCAUCAUGGUUGCUUAAUAAUAAUAAUCCUAAAGAUACUGAAAUUUUAAAUAAAUCAUGUUCAUUAAAUAGAACUAAUAUAAAAUCAAAUUAUUGGAAAAUUCCAGAUAAUGAUAUGAAUUUAACUUCAAUAUCUAUAAAAAAUCAGUCUGAUAAUGGAAAUCCAAUAAUUGCUAUAUCUUCAGGAAAUCAAGAAAAUAAUUUAUUUAUUUAUGAAUUAAAUAUAAAUUCAAAUCAUUUAAUUCAUCAUUCAACUAUAAGUUUAUCAAAUAUUUAUAAUACAAAAUGGAUUAAUAAUGAUAAAAAUCAUUUAAUUACUGGGAAUAAUAAAGGGUAUGCUCAUUUGGUAUCAAUACCUAAUUUAAAUGAGGGUGCUUAUGAUGAUGAUGAUGAAUUAUAUUCUGCUGAAAUUUGUAAAAGAUUUAAUCAUAGAAAACAUAUAAAGGAUAAAUCCAAGAUAAAAAACAAUUCACCAAUAACAAAAUUAAAUUUAUUUAAUAAUGAUUUAGAAAUGAUUUCAAUAUAUGAUAAUUAUUUAUUUCAUUGGGAUAUAAAAAAUUCAGAAUCUCAAAAAAGACCACAACCUAUUUCAAUAUCAAAUAUACAAGGUAUUUCAAAUUUUGAUAAUUUAAAAAAUAAUAACACAACAAUAAGUAUAUGUGGAAAAUUUGGUAUAUCAUUAUUUGAUACAAGAUUUUCAAAAUUAAAUAUUCCAAUGUCUUCUUCAAAUAAUAAUAAUUUUAGACAAUUAUCUGCAAAUAUUGUUAAAUGGAAUCCUGAUAAUGAUAAUAUUUUAGCAGUGGCACAUGGUGAUGGAAUAGUUAGAUUAUGGGAUAUUAGAAAACAAGAUUAUUUUACAACUAUAAAUAGUGAAUCAUCUACUACAGCUACUUCAUCAUCAUCAAAUUCAAUAACAAGUAUUGAAUGGAAUCAAGGAGAUUUAUUUACCGGUGGACAAAAUGGUAAUAUAAUACAUUGGGAUUUAACAUCAGAUAUAAAUAUAACUGAAGCAGGUCAUUUAAAUUGUGGAUUAAGUGAAGGUUUUAAUAGUAUUAAAUUUAAUGAUUUAAAAACAUUGGAUAUUGAUGUAAAUCAAAGACAAUGUGGUACAAUAUUACCUGCAUCAAAUACUGAUGUAGUUAGUAUGUGUUCAAUAACAAAUGAUUUGAAUAAUGAAGUUAAAUUAUUAUCAAUUGAUGGUUCAUCAUUCUUGGGGGUACAUUCGAAAAUUAAAGAACUGAUUAAAUUAAAUAUAAAUUCAGAUAAAUUAUAUUAUACUGAAGAAGAUAUUCAAAAUUUAUUGAUUAAUGAAAGUUACAAGAAUGAUAAUAAAAGUAAUAACAGUAUAAUGAAUGAUGUAUCACAGGAGAGUUUAAUAAUUGAACCAUUAAGUAUAUCAAGAAAACCAACUUGUAUAACUAUUAAAUCUACAGAUUCAAUAAUUGAUUCUGUAACAAGUAAUGGAAUAGAUUUAAUAAAUGAAUCAUCAACUUCAGAAUCAGAAACUGAAGUUGAAUCAGAUAAUGAUCUACUAAAGGAAGAAAAUUUAAAAUUAUGUGCAUUUGAUUCACCACCAUUAGUGUCAACCAUACCAACCAAUUCACCAAAAUUUAAUCAAUCUAUAAAUCAAGAAAUAGAAGAUAUCACAAAUUUAAAUAUAUCAACCAAUAUACAACAACCACCAUUAGAGAAUGAAGAAGAUGAAGAAUUUAAUUUUAAUUUUAUAAAUAAUAAUUCAAAUUCAGAUAUAUCAAGUAAUAAUACCUCACAAAGUGAUAACGAGCAUGAAUUUUCACCAAUUAGAAAUAAUAAAGUUACAACUACAGAUUCCAAAAAUUCCAAGAUUUUAAAAAAAUCCAUAUCAUUAAAUUCAUUAUCUACUAUUGCUACUGAUAUAGAUGAAAUGAUAGCUCAUGAAUCAAUUAAUAAUAAACAAAAUGAAUUUAAAUUUGAGAAAAAAGAUAAAAAUCUAAUUGAUUGUAAAUAUAAUGAUAUUUUUAAAUCUUUAGAUGAUUUAAAUUUAUUUAAUUAA